AACCUCAAAACUUUGAUGUCAAUUGUCAUCUGAUUUUUAAUUUUUCGCAGAAAAGAGUAUGCCGCUUGGAAAAUUUGGAAAAAUUACUCUUUCGUGGUAAAUACCUGCUUAAUAAUACCAUUAGAGUCCCUGAAUUUCAAAGUGUUUAUGGUGGUUAGCAGUUACAGUGACAAGUUUAUCGCUAUUUGGAGUUGCAAAGAACGCAAUAAAUGCCCGUCGUCUGGAGAAUAUGAAAGCGCGUGAACGUAUGCGCAGGUCUAACGAGGGUGAAUAUCCUGAUUUAUACAGGAAAUUGUGAAGGUAUAUAUAACUUAUUUAUUAAAAAAUUAAGUGAGAAAACAUAACAAUGGCUGUUCCUCAAUUGGAUCCGGCUAAACUCCAGCUGGUGCAGGAUUUGGAAAUUGAGAUGAUGUCAGACAUGUAUAAUCGUCUUGUCGGUGCAUGCCAUCGUAAAUGUAUUCCUGUCAAAUACCAUGAACCUGAGCUUGGGAAAGGUGAAUCAGUCUGUCUUGACCGAUGUGUAGCUAAGUACUUAGAUGUCCAUGAGCGCAUCGGGAAGAAGCUUUCGAACAUGUCACAAGGGGAAGCUGAAGACCUAACUAAAAUGAACCUUCCGGAAAAGAAAUAGUAAUAUAUAAAUUACAGACAUGCCAUGAAUUGUUUUUUUUUAAAUUAUAUUUAGAACAAAGGUAGAAUUAGUAAAAGCAAAAAUAUAGGUGUAUUUUGUUUUGACAUAUUUCUUUUUUUUUCUUGAAGACAAGUUUUAGUUACAAAAAUGCUUGCAAUUAAUAAAAACCAAUACAUAUGUCUACCUCAAUAAAUAAAAAUCAAUUCAUAGCAAGUUUGCAAAUUUAAUGUGCAUUAAAUAAUGCCUAAUUAUUUUCAUGUACAAAUUAAGAAUUGUAAAAUAAAUCUGUUCAAGUUGUCUUGUUCAGGUGUUAACAACUUGAUGUAUGUACGAUACUGCAUUUUGUUUAUAUUAUAUUAUUAUAGUGUUGAAAAUUAGUAUUUAGAAAUAAAAAG